ACCUUGAACGGCUUGAACUCCUCGUUCCUCGUACCAGAUGAUUCACGCAUGCGCGGAGGGACCAGGAGGGUUAGGUUAGGAAGGACUCGAUCCCACUCGAUCCGACCGAAAUCAGGACAUCGGUUUUGUCAUCUAACGGUACAUUCCGCUACUUUCGUUGAUUUUUGCUGAUUUUUGCCAGGCUAAAUCGUUCCUUUCAGUACCUUCCUUUUUCUCGUCUUUUCUCGUUCUAAAUACCUUAGAUGAUUCUACACCCGACCGUUUCGGAUUGUCGGUCGUCGUUGCUCGAGACGCCUCAAUUUAUUUCAGAGUUAAAUGGACGUGGAUUGCAUCGCGCGAGACCGUGAAAUGCCCUGUGGAAUACGCAGAGAUAUUUCUUUGUUUAUUUUCACCUGAUAUAAGGUGCUUCGGAAAAGGAUAAAUCAACACUCCGUCUAGAAGUUUCUCGGGGCAUCCGGGUAAAGGUUUUCCUCGGUGGCACGAGGACGAAGGCUGUGAGAGGAUAAUGGCAUCGCAAGAAACGCGAGAUUUUCACAUAGCGUACGACAUGCACGAAAAGUUGAAUUGCUUAGGCGUGACAGAAAACGCAGUCAGCCUGAAUAAGGAAAAGGCCUUUUAUAUACAAUCGUUGGUCGACCAUGCAUUGGAAUUGAUCGAUCCUACUCCUAAUAUUCACACAUUGUUUGUACAAUUCAAUGCACGAUUCUUCAGGAAUGUUUUAUCUUCCGUCGAAGUUAAAUGGAGCAACAGAAUGAAAUGUGCUGCUGGAGUUUGUACCUUUCAUGCGCGUAAUAAAGAAUGUGUGAUAUCGCUGAGUGCACCGCUACUUAAACUCAGACCAAGGAAGGAUCUUGUAGAAACCUUAUUGCAUGAGAUGAUUCACGCGUAUUUAUUUUUAACAAAUAAUGAUCGGGACCGAGAUGGCCAUGGACCGAAUUUUUGCAAACACAUGCACAGGAUAAAUAAAGAGGCAGGAACCAAUAUAACGAUUUAUCACGACUUUCACGAUGAAGUAAAGCUGUACAGACAGCAUUGGUGGAAAUGUAAUGGACCUUGCCAACACAAACCACCAUUCUUUGGGACGGUUCGACGAAGCAUGAAUCGUCCACCUGGUCCGUCAGACUAUUGGUGGCUCGGACAUCAACAAAAUUGUAAUGGCCAAUUUAUAAAGAUCAAAGAGCCAGAGAAUUUUAAAUCGCGUUCAAAGCAAAAUAGCAGAUCAAAACCGAUAUCAAAGGAGAACAAACCGAAUAGAAACAUAACCGAUUGGUUUACAAAGAAUAUUCCGAUGAUGGAUGCAGGUAUACCUACGUCUUCAAAAACCCUUAGUAAUAACGACUCUAAAAUAUUUACUCAAACAGAGAAUGAUAAGCCUAGUACUAGUAAAGACAAUGGUGGUACAAAUUUGUCUCGUGCUGUGAAUGAGAAAGAUACUCAAGAUUCGUCACUGGGAAUGAAGAAACUUGGCAGCUUGAGUAAUAAUGUACAUGGCUGGGGUAUUAGUGGCCCGAGUGGAAACGUGAGAAAGAAUAAUGCUAAGAAUAUUUCUAAGAAUCCCACGUUUUCUUGUUCCGGUGUUUUGGGAGGCAGUAAUAAUGGUCGGAGUAAUCUUCUGACCAAAUUCAAACAUAUAAACGACGAUGAAAGUCGCAUGUGUGAAUCAAUUAAAAGAAAUUCAUCCUCGGAACCAUCAUCGGUUACAGGACAAGAGUCCAGUAAUAAUGCAGUCUUAAAUCUAAGUCAACCAAGAAAUAAUUCCGUACCUUGUCCUAUGUGUAACAUACCUAUGACCUUAGAAAAUAUAUAUAGACAUAUAGACUCAUGCCUAAUAAACGAUAAUACAUCAUUGAUUGAUGAGAUUAACAAUAAUAUCAAUAAUAAUAAUAACAAUGAAGAGUUAAUGUUGCCUAUUCGAACGUUUUCCACAUCAGUGGCGGAACAAGAUGUUGACGCAAGUACAAUUCCCAAUAAGCGUGCUAGAUUAGAUAAUUCCAACGAAACAGUUGAAUCAGUUACUUGUCCCGUUUGUGGUAAAAGGCUGCCAGCCACGGAUAUUAACCAGCAUCUUGAUGAAUGCCUGUUAGAAGCAGAUACAGCUCGCAAAGCUGCCAUUCCCUCCACCUCUCGUGCGUCAUACGAUGAUAGCGUAAUCAGUAUAAACAGUUCCUCUACUACUGAUUUGGAUGAUUCUGUAUUGAUUGAGGACCCAAGAGCACAACCUUGUGCAAGUGCAAGUACUAGCACUUGUAAAAACGACGCAGCGGAUAUUGAACGAAAAUGUUUAGUUUGCAACGCACAAAUCGCACCUGAAAUAUCAUUAAAUGAACAUCUCGAAGAAUGCAUUGGAAGUCUCUUUAAUGACGACACAAUGAUGAUAGAGGAUAAUGAGGACGAUGAUGAUACGCUUGCUGUAGAAAAUAUUUCCACGGAAAUUAAAUAUCCCUGUCCAGUAUGUAUGCAGAUAAUAUCAGAAAAUCUUAUGAACCAGCAUUUAGAUGUGUGCCUUAAAAACGAAUAAGUGGUCUUGCGAACAAAAUGAGCAACAAUGAACUAUUUUGCGGAUAACGAAAUGUCUUUUUUUAUCUGAAUAAGUAUCUUAAUAAAUAUCUUUUCAUAUAUAAUGUUCAUUUUUUGCAUAUCGCGAUUUUAUAUGAAACAGAAUGAGAAAAAGAUAUAAUGCAAAACAAGAAAAUUAUUAGGAAAAUAAAUGUGUAAUUUAAAACGAUGUUUGUAUAUUACUUGUCAUGUAUUAAAUAGAAGUUUUAAACAUUUGAAGUACAUUAUAACAAAACCUGUGUUACAAAAGAAGGCACAAUUUACAUGCCGGAUGUAAUUAUUAACGUAACAUAUAACGUGCAUGUAAUGUGCUUGCAUAUACAAUUUCACAUAGUAUAAGUUCUUUAAUGGUUAAGACUGGUUAAUAAAGAAGCUAAAUUAUUUAUCUAUAAACCGUUACGUAAAAUUCUUAGUAUUAUUUUUUAAUAAACAGUAAACAAUAUUUAAGACUAGUAAUCAGUUAACAUCUAGAGCUUUAAUCAUUUAGUCAUUUAAACUAGAUAGAGUAUGUUUAAAGCUUAUUAUUUGCUAAAGUUUAUAUUUUAUGACAGAAAAACAAUAUGAGUACAAUAAAAUGAUUAUGUAAUAAAUCGUUCAGAUGUUCGGCUUAUAUCAUCCGGCAUUUGCUCAUUAGCAAUCAGUUUAUUAAUAACUGGACUGAUUUGAUGCGUAAUAAGGACAUUCCAUGUAUCAAUCGACUGAUUGAUUCGACGGCCGAAAAUCCGAGCUCUAAUUAUGUAAUUAUAUAGAUAUCUUUUUUGUACUGUACUAUUUAUUAUAUAUAUAUAUAUUAAAAAGUAUAUUAAAAACGAAUGUAAAACUAUUAUUUAGCGAUAUCAUUAACAUGUUGCAUUAUAUAUGUAUGUACAUUUUCUA